AUGGGUUACAAGGGACUCAACGACCUGGCUAAAAGCUUUGGUUACCUGCAUAGACCAGGCGAGCCACUCAUACUCGCAAAUGUCUACGAUUUGCUGUCUGCCAGAGCGGUCGCUCCCCUCCCAUCAUGCAAUGCUAUUGCUACAGCCUCAUACUCGGUGGCGAUGGCUGCUGGGACAGACGAUGACCACUUGUCACUCCAACAAAACAUCGCAGCAGCACGUCUGAUAGGCAAUGUGGCAGCGGAGUAUAAUAAGCCUUUCACAGUCGAUCUGCAGGAUGGUUACGGUACCAAACUCGAGGAUGCAAUACGCCAGGUCAUCGAAGCGGGUGCUGUUGGCAUCAAUCUCGAAGAUUGUGAUAAAGAGUCCAAAACACUGUACGCGCCAGACGAGGCGGCAGCACGUGUUAGCAGAGCUUUGAGUGCUGCGAGCAAGGCCGGUGUACCUGAUUUUGUGGUCAAUGCAAGGUGUGAUACCCUCGUCAUGGGUGGAAAGUUGGAGGAGGCAAUUGAACGUGGGAAAAAGUACCUCGAAGCUGGAGCGACUACCGUCUUUGUUUGGGGAGGAGGUAAGAGAGGCGUCAGUCGUGACGAAGUUGAAGAAAUGGUGAAAGCAUUCGAUGGCCGUCUGAACGUGUCUUUGAAAUGGGACAAGCAAGGCCUGUCGGUGCGUCAGCUGGCUGAGCUUGGUGUGGCAAGAAUUAGUGUUGGACCAACGAUCAUGUUCUUCGCAACAGCUGAGUAUCAGAAACGUGCAAGGGAACUGCUAGAACAACUGAAAUAA